CAAUUGCGGUGGUUUUCAUCCUUCAGUAUUCUUCACAGUUUUCAAAGAAGAAUAAAAAAAGGAAAGCAAAUGGAUUCAUACCUCUCUGUUUUAUUCUACCUUUUAAAUUUCCCCUUCAUGCAAUCUGCCACUGCUGAGUCGCACUCUGGUUUCCAUCUAAAAGGGCUUUACAGAUCUUUCCAACUCAAAGGGCGCGUUGAAUUGGAGGGGAUUUCAGUGUGGAAAGAAUACUUAAAAGCAGUUAAGCCGGAAUCCGAUUCUUGGGUUCGAGCCGAAUUUGAUUUCAAGGCACUGGGUACCUUUCUGCCGCCGGAAUUGUACACUAAAUUUCGGCAGAGCUUCAUAAGGCAGAUGGCUCCGUACUAUCCUCAGGUCCCAAGUGUGACCGGCCUGUUCGAAACCUGUUUCAAUCUCAGCGCCGCCAUUGAAACCGAUUGUGCUUGUAUUAAUGAUAUUCCAGAGGUGGAGUUGAUUCUGGUUGUUGAUGAAGGGAAAUACGGCCGAUUCCCACCGGAGAAACGUGUCCGUUUAGAGACCGGCAAUGUGUUGGCGCUUGAGGAUGAUGAUACUCAGACGUUCUGUAUGCCAUUUGCUCCGACACCUCAUGGAUUUGCUCCGACGCUGCCUAAGGGAAUGGAUCUUGCCCUGUCGGAACGAUUCUACACAAGGGAUGGAUCGAUUAUGAUUCCCAGUCCAAGACUGUGCUAAUGU